AUGUCCACCUUUCGCGCCGCCUCGGUAGGAAGACCUUACGAUGACACCCUGGGCGACCUCUUGGGCGACCUCGACAGCGAAGCCUUCAGUCUCUCGCCUCUCCCCUCAUCUCUUCCCUCUUCCGACAACUCUCAAAAUCCCCUUCCGACCAAACACAUACGCCAUCAAGACCUCACACGCCCGCACCCGCACUGCACGAUCCAACAACGCCGGCAGCACCAGCAGCGCCGUGCGCACAAGGCCCCCGCCGCCUUCCUCACGGCCUUCGCCCUCAUCGUCUUCGCCGAGGCGCGGCUGCUGAGCAUGUACGCGGCCGACGUGGACCUUAUCGACGGGCAGGAGCGCGCGCGCCUCGUCGCCUCAGCGGCGUUCAUGUACGUCCUCGACGGCAUGGUCCUCCUGGGCGGGUACUUCGCCGACUGCGGGCGCGCGUGGUGGGCGUUCCUGGACCUUGUCACGUGCGGCACAUACCAAGGCUCGGGGGACGACGAAGCUGCGACGGGGUCGGAGGACGACGAGGUCGGCGGGGUCGAUGAGUCGUGCACGAGCACAAGGGCCAUCGAGAUGCUGUUGGGUGUGGAGAUGGGCAUGCUCCUGAUCGCCGUGUGGCCGCUCGCCCUGGGCUGGAUCGCGAUCCUCUGGUUGAGGGACGGGGUCGAGUGCGUAGACCCCGACGUGGAGGAGGCCACCGCGGAUGAUGAACCGGCUGGUACGCGGGAGCAAGGGCGCGUUACCUCGACCGCAGCCGACGAGAAGACGCCGCUGCUUGAGGGGCUCGUUGUGGAGGUGUAUGGGCCCGGUAACGAGAAGUCUGUCGAAGAGACGAUGGCGUUGAUCGAGGAGGAGGCUGCAAAGAAGCGUCGGGCGUAUGCCGAGCUGAUGGGCCGCGAGAGUAUCUUUGGUGAAUUCUAG